AUGAGCCAUUCCCCCUUAGCUGGUCAGGUAUUUGGUAUAGGGUACUCCUCUUUCUGGCCUUCUUCUCAACGCUGCGGGGUCAACCGAGAGAGCUUGUGUGGCAGCAUGAAGAAAGGCUUUCUACCAAGUCCCUUCAAGAAUUUCAAGCCUUGGGAAGGUACCUCACUAUUCAAGCUCUUCAACAGCCACUUCCAUCUCAAGGCACUCAUUGAGCAUCCCAACAUUCAAGGCCCCCAAGGUACCUCACCACUCAAGCCCUUCAACAGCCAUUUCCCUUUCAAGACCUUCAACAAUAAAAAAUCCCAACGCCCAAGGCCCCCAAGGUGUCUCACCACUCAAGCCCUUCCAACAGCCACUUGCUUCCCUUGA